AUGAAAUUCCGUGCAGUUAUGGUUGAUACCGGCCCUAUGAGGGAAUUUUCAAAUAUAGUAACCACUAUAUCCAAAUUAUCCAAGGAGUGUGUAUUAAGGCUAUCAGAUGAUAAGUUGUAUUUUAUUGUAUGCGAAGACAAUAGUGGACCUGUACCUCCUGUGCUUUGGUGUGAGAUGUCUCCAGCUGUUUUCUUUUCUGAUUAUCAAAUGAUAGGCAUUGAUGAUGAACAUAAAGAUAUCUAUCUUGGCAUCGUUUCAGCAAAUUUGGCAAGGUCGCUAGUGACAUUGAAGACUGCUAAAUCCUUAAAAAUGAAACUCACUAAAAAGCAAUGUCCAUGUUUAACAUUUGAAAUUGAAAUGUCAUCUACAAUAACUCAGCAAACAAGGCAAGUAACACAUGACAUUCCUGUUGUAGUUGUACCUAGAAAGCUAUGGAAUGAAUUUCAUGAACCUAGAAUACCACAACCUGAUAUAUCAAUAGAGCUACCAUCAUUAAAACAAUUACGUACAACAAUAGAUAGAAUGAGAGCAAUGGCAUCGGAAGUUGUAAUCAGAGCCUCGGCAGAAGGAAGGUUGACAUUACAAAUAAAAACUGAUAUGGCUAAAGUAUCAACAAGGUUUAAAAAUUUAAGAGUUGAAGCUUUUGAAGGUCCCAUCGAUCAUUCAGAUUCAGAAACAGAGACCCAAGCAAAUGAGGAUUUAUCCAAACUUUGCUAUUGCCGAGUAGAUGCCAAGAAGUUCUCAAUGUUCCUAAGUGCCGAUAACAUAUCUCACAAUAGAACUAUAUGCAGUAUUGUGCAUAAGAGAUUAGUGAUUUUGUGUCUCGAGACUGAAGAAAAUGUGAAAUUGCAGUGUUUUAUUGGUGGUAUUGUGUUU